AUGGACAUUACUUUUGAGAGCUUCUCCGAGUUGGUUUACAAACUCGGUCACCCUCCCAAGUCCAAGACCAAGUUUCGACCAGACGGAACCGGCGUACCCUACCCUCCCGAGAAGGUCUUCCUCUCUUGGAUCAACCACCUUCCCCGUCCCCUUCCACCUCAUACAGGGAAGCAUCUCUUCCGUCUCCUGUUUCCUCACGAUGGCUCAAGGCGUCGUUAUGGUCUCAAGGAGACGCGCUUCGCUGCUGAGCUGGAAAAUGCGCUCGGCCUUCACGGCCUGGGCAACUGGGACAGCGUUUCAUGGAAAGGCGGGAAUGGGGGAACGGGAUGCCUAGGAAACGUGGUAGAGAGUGCCAUGAAGAAAAGGCUUCCUCAAGGAACCAAGUCGACCCUCACCUUGGGCGAGCUCGACCGCUUCCUGGACGAACUGGCUGCUCCAUCGACCUUCUCCCAGCUCUCCCUCGAACCCAUGCGCCCGUCGGCCCCACCGACAAUCCUCCAACGCCUGUUUCGGGAUUCGUCUCUGUCUCCACUGGCCCUGUCUGUCCUCGUCCAGAUAAUCCUUCGGGAUCUCCGACCACUGCUUUACCCACUUCCCCCAAUGCCCGUUCGUCACCCUACAGCUUUACUGAGGUGCAAGUCGACAGCUGCCCCCCAGCAGCUCAGCCUCCAUGUAGCAAUGUGGUGCUGGGAUCCUGCCAUGGCGCGUCUCUAUCGUGACGGCAAGGGUAACGUCGACUGGUGCGCCGACAUGGCCGAGUCCAUCACCAAGUCACCUCACAGCCUCAUACCCAUGUCGUCUGGCCCUGUUGUUGGCAUCAAUGUUCAGAAGGGGAGGUCCGUCUCAGAUGCGUUAAAGCCGUUCUUUGCCCAGCCAGGACCCGCUUCUUCCUCGGUCUUCGCCGAGGUCAAAUAUGAUGGCUACCGAGCGCAGAUACACGUCAAUGUGGAGACCAACGGUCCAGUGAUUACUGUGUUUAGCAAGUCUAAACGCAGAAGCACUGUUGAGAGAGGCAACGCGCACCCCAUCAUUCUCGAGGCCGAGGUCAUUCCCUUCAACGAAGGCGAUCGCGAAGGUGGCCGCGGAUCGGGCAUCGAGGAGUUUUGGUGGCUAGACGCGGCUGGCGUAACAUUGGAUCCUGGACGACCCACCCCUCGGUCCCAGGACCGCCACCUCUGUCUCGCGUUCUUUGACAUUCUCCACCUAGAUGGCGAGAGCUUGAUCGACCGUACUUAUGAGUUCCGUCGCCGGCUCCUACGGAAAGUCGUAAGGCCUCUGCACGGUUUUUCCAUGAUUGCUCAAGCGACCGAGAUACCCCUUCACGCAGGCAGGAGGAAGAGCGAAGAGGGCAACAGCUGCUCCGAUCUGUUUUUCAACGCUGUACCCGCGCCCGAGAAGGGGUUGGUUCUCAAGGGUGCAACCUCAGUGUAUCUCGACACUAAACUCCCUUGGGUCAAGCUGAAAAAGGACUAUAUCCCCAAUCUCGGCGACUGUGUGGACCUUGCGGUGCUGGGAGCUGGCUGGGACAUUGACAGAGCUCGAGAGCUUCGAGUCUUCACCACAUUCUACCUAGGCGCUCUCACCAACCGAGAUGAAGUUCACAGCCGCCACGCAGUGCCACGGUUCGAGAUUCUCUUCCGCGUAUCAUACGGUAUGAGCCGAGAUCAACUGGAGGUGUACAACGAGAACCUAAGGCUUGGCCGAUGGGCUAACAAGCCGUAUGACAGAGACGAUCCAUACAAGAGGCGGCUCAUUGGUCUCUCCUGGCACUACAGCAUCCCAAAGUCCAUGCCGCCACCUUCGGUCCUGUUCGAGCAGCCCGUGUGUGCAGAAGUGAUGGGCGCUGGGUUUCAGCGCCUACCUUACGGGCAGCAGCUGUAUGAACUGCGAUGGCCACGGUUGGUCAAGAUCUUUGACAUGUUCGAGCGCCCGUGGCCCCAAGUUUCCGAACUGAGAGAUGCGGCACACCGCUCCUUGGGGUACUCGAUACCCUCUGUGGCUCCGCCGUCGUCACCUGAAGACGACUCUGUCCGCGCCAUGUGGCGCUCGAAAAGCACAAACACAAUCGACAUUCCCGACUUGUCCCUCACACCUCCCCAAGCCCCUUCGACUCCGACGCGACACGCCUCCGCUCCUGGAUACAUUAAAAUGUCACCACAAACACCUAAGUGGCGCACCCCGUUCACCGGUCUCGAGUCCAGCCAAACGACUCGAGAAGGAGACUCCGCUCCAGCCUCCAGCAAAAAGGCCACGACUCGAUACUGCACUACCUACUCCCCCAGUUUCGUCUUCUCCGCGGCAUGGCGACGAGGUGGGGACCUCUGGCCUACCCUCCCAACUGCGCCUCAAGCCUCUGUCCUUACGCUCCCGCAUUCGCCUGGCGCGUAG